AGAUGCUACUUGAUCUGAGAGUUCCAAUCACGUGAUGCUACAACCUUGACUUCGUUGAGGGUGAAGUGUUUAAUAAAAACAAAUUACUACCACGAACCACAGUCUUUCACCAAAGUCGCACGUUCAAAGAAAAACAUGACGCAAAUAUGUGUGGCCAUGUUACUAUCACUCGUCAUACAGCUUGCAGAUGGACAUGAAAAUACUGAUAAUGUUAUUGACCUAAUCGCACGGACAGAGGAAGAAAUCAGAAGCCUGAAAGCUGAAGUUCAACACGUCGAGACUAAAGUCGCCACCAAGAUGCGCAUGUUGAAUUUGAUGUUGCGUGCUGACCUGAAGGAGAAGUUAGUACCUACUUACAUACACAGUCAGGUUGAAGCUUCCUGGACACAGAUACUACGACAGAAGUCCAUUGACUCCAUGGUCAACAGUCACGUGAUGUCCCACAUAAGACAUCUGAAGUUGGAACACCAACAGAUGAAGACACAGAUAAACAGCCUCUCCAGGCAACUGCGGGCUGCCAUGAAGACCGAAGACUCUCGUCCACCUGACACGUCCGUCCAGACAGAACCUUCAAGUGACCACCAUGUAAAUCAGACUGACCUGAACCAAACAGACACCCUCAUUUCAAGCCUGCAACAGGAUGUGAGGACGUUGACAGAUCAGGUGGCCAAGUUGAGCCACAGCUGUCAGACACUGAAAGAGAGAAUCUGGAGUCACGUGUGGACAAGAUAAGAAUGAACAUUAGCCAUCUUGAAACAGAGACGGAUAACCUGAGGGUUGCGUUUGAUAGGCUGAAUGAGAGUCACGUGACGAACAUAGAGAUUGUGAGAAACUUUCAUCACGAAUACAUCAAGACGCCCGAGAAAGAGACUCGGGGACAUCAGGUGAACGUUGUCACGCCAGAUCUUGGGUCGACGUCUCCUUCUGUGUCCUCCUCCACGCCAGUGCGUGCAACACCGCCUGCACCACGGCCAACAUCACAUAGCAGAGGACACAUGGCGAGGAUAUUGGUUUCACAGCUUUAUUCUAACAUCACAAAACACGCGACACAAAUAAACAUACAGAACCACUCCAUGACGUCUUAUCCCUACCUGGACACAAGACAUGUCUGGUCCAUGGUUUCUGAUCCCAUCUCCAGGAGGCUGAUAUACUCCAAGUACACCCCAGACGGUAUAUUUUCCUCCCCACUGGACGCUCUAGGUACACCAAUAACGCUUAAGGCAGAAGUCGCGUCAUACGGACUGACUAUAGACGUCAAAAGGCGACUUAUCUUUUACACAGGAGGUUCAAAAUCAACUAUCAGCCGUAUGUCAGUAUGGGGUAGGAAACAUAGGCGUAUUGUGUACAUGAAGAACGCAAAAGCCUACGGAUCAAACAGCGCAUUGGGUAUAGCUGUCGAUACAAGGAGGAAAAUGAUAUAUUUCGGUAAAUAUGACGGAUUAUGGUCGAUUAGUUAUAAUGGGGAGAAUCUCCGCAGACUAAAGACCGGGAAAGACCUACUUGGUGUGACGGUGGAUGGUGUCAGUAAUAUUCUGUAUUUCGGUGAAGGGAAGAAGGUGAUGAGGAUGUCUCUGUCUACUAACGCCAUCACCGACAUCAAGGAAGUUAACGGCUUCAUUUUCAACAUCGUCUUCUACAACGGCAGCCUCUACACUGUCACAUUUAGCGACGGUGGUGUCGAUAUUAUACACCUGAACAACGAUGGCGAUGUUCAUUUCGAUCUUGAGAAGAUGCGAUACGAACGGAAUGUCAUCUGUCUCCUACCAUAAUGUGCUUGUGUCAUCCAUGUGUGUACACGA